AACAAGAGCAAAACGGUCCCACGUUCGAGUCGACCCAGGAGGAGGAUCGGGACCUGGAGCGGGCGCUGGAAGUCGUUGGCGAGCACGUGAAAUCGCUGGAGGACAUGACGGUGGAAUCGGCCAACUUUCUGGGUGACUUUCUGGACAACGUAGACGACGAAAUGCUGGACGGAUCGGACAUUUGCUCGGAUCAGAUGCUCCAGUCGCCCAACACGAACGACAUCCGGGGACUGGUGCACACGUGAAGAUCUCCGCUGGUCAGGAGGAGGCGGUAGAUAUGGGUAAGCGCGAUACCGGUAUAAGGGUGUGUUUGUGGAUGUCUGAAUGUGUUUGGUCGUUCGUUGGGGAUUUAUUUGCUUGCGUUGGGGAACACCCUCAAUUAUGUAAACAGUUCAUGGUUUUGUAAGGAAACUUUUGAAAGUGAUAUUUUCGGUUGAGCGAAAUUAAUUUUAAGGGUUCAAACUAUUUUCUCAAAUCCUAAGAGAAGUGUGACAUAGACGGUACGAUGGUUGGAAAGGGAGUCAUGAUUGGAACUUGUGUAUUCCUAGUAAGCUAAUGGAGAGUCGAAUUUGUUCUGCUUCAUUUCUUGUGUAAGAUUUUGAGCGAAACCGAUUUUAGGAUAGGAUGUGGUGUACAUGUAGUAACACAGGAGUAACAAAUGGAAACAAUAAUCCUUAUUUAUUCACAACCGCUAUUCUAGGUGAAAGAGUGGGCUUUUGUCUCAAAAGGAAGCCGCAAAAAAAAUAUACCUUUAAUCGGGGAAAACUGAAUGUUUCAGUUGUUCAAAUGUAACGCUUUAGGCUUUAAUAUUAUUAUGUUGAAGCCCCCAAUCGAAGCUGAGCCUUCGGAUAUCAGGGGUAGGAGAUGUAGUGAAACGGACUUUUAUUUGACACUAAAUACGCUUCUUUACAUACAAAACUAAAUCCCGUUCAAUAAAUUCUGUGAAUUUGUUUAUCGCUAUUUUACUGUAAUACCAAUUAAAACAAGAAAAAAAAAUCCGUUGAUUUGCGCUAUUACUUUCUGAUUAGGUCAUAAGUUGUACUCACAUACACCCAUUUAUUAUUUUUUUUAAAUUGAAUUAGGAAGCAGGAUACCUAGGUUCGUUUUAAGUUGUAUACAGCUAAAGCAAAGCAACAACAAUAAACUCGCCCAUUCGAUUACAGGCUAACUGAAUAGGGAAGUCGA